CUUUUGUCAGAAGCUUGCAGAGAAACCACUGAAGAGGUCCAUCUGAACAGCGAAAGAGGAAGCCAAGAGAAAACAAAAUGGUGUCGGCUGGGAUGCAGAUGCUGGGCGCCGCCCUGGGUGUCAUUGGCUGGAUUGGCGUUAUUGUGGUCUGCGCGCUCCCUAUGUGGAGGGUCACAGCUUUUAUCGGCAGCAACAUUGUAACAUCGCAGGUCCAAUGGGAUGGCAUAUGGAUGAACUGUGUGGUUCAGAGCACAGGGCAGAUGCAGUGCAAAGUGUACGACUCCAUGCUGGCCCUGAGCUCGGAUCUCCAAGCUGCACGUGCUCUCACAGUCAUCUCUGUCGUUGUGGGCAUCAUGGGCAUCCUACUAGCUAUGGCUGGAGGAAAGUGCACCAACUGUGUGGAGGAUGAGUCAUCCAAGGCAAAAGUUGCUGUGGCAGCAGGUGUGAUCUUCAUAAUUUCUGGAGUACUGUGUCUAAUUCCUGUGUGCUGGACUGCCCAAACCAUCAUCAACGACUUCUACAACCCACUGGUCAACCAGGCACAGAAGAGGGAGUUGGGGUGGCUGGGGACAAUCAUCACCUGCAUUCUGCCUAUGUGGAGAGUGACAGCUUUCAUUGGAGCUAACAUUGUCACGGCACAAAUUAUCUGGGAAGGUUUAUGGAUGAACUGUGUGGUUCAGAGUACUGGACAGAUGCAGUGUAAGGUCUAUGACUCCAUGUUGGCUCUUCCCCAAGACCUUCAGGCAGCUCGAGCCAUGGUCAUCAUCUCCAUUAAAGUGGGUAUCUUUGGUGUGCUAAUGGCUGUGAUUGGAGGAAAGUGCACCAACUGCAUGGAGGAUGAAUCAGCAAAAGCUAAAGCCUGCAUUGUCUCAGGGGUGAUUUUCAUCAUCGCUGCUUUCCUCAUCCUCAUACCAGUGAGCUGGUCUGCCCAGACCCUUAUCAGGGACUUCUACAAUCCUCUGGUGUCAGAGGCCCAGCGUCGAGAGUUAGGAGCUUCCCUGUAUAUUGGUUGGGGAUCUGGGGCUCUUCUGCUGCUGGGAGGAGGACUGCUUUGCUGGAAUUGCCCCCCAAACGAGAACCAGGCUUAUGCAGCAACCAAGUUUGCCCCAACGAUGGCGGCUGCUGGUCUGCAGAUUCUCGGUUUGAUGCUGGCGUUCAUCGGCUUGCUCUGUGAAAUCAUCACCUGCGCUCUGCCCAUGUGGAAAGUGACUGCAUUCAUCGGGCAGAACAUCGUGACCGCGCAGACCUACUGGGAGGGCCUGUGGAUGACCUGUGUGAUCCAGAGCACAGGACAGAUGCAGUGUAAGGUGUACGACUCCAUGCUGGCUCUGCCUCAGGACCUGCAGGCCGCUCGGGCUCUUGUCGUCAUCGCCAUCCUCGUGACGCUGCUGGGGGUUCUGGUCGCGACCGCGGGGGGAAAGUGCACCAAUUGCAUCGAGGACGAGCAGACCAAGGCGCGGGUGUGUGUGGUGGCCGGUGUGUUCUUCCUGGUUAGCGGAAUUCUGUGCCUGAUUCCUGUGUGCUGGUCCGCUCAUACGGUCAUCAUGGACUUUUAUAACCCAAUCGUGACUGACGCACAGAAGCGCGAGCUCGGCGCGUCGCUGUUCAUCGGCUGGGCUGCUGCGGGUCUGCUGCUGCUCGGGGGCGCGCUCUUCUGCUGCCAGUGUCCGAAGAACGAGUAUCAAGGUUAUUCCGCCAAAUACACUGCGCCAAGAUCAAACGCGCCUGGUGGUGGCAACUAUGUGUAGGUCUCCCCGAAGCUCAACAUCAGACUGACUGUUAAUGUGUCUUAACUAAUGUAUUUUAACUUUAUAUUUUAAAUAAAAUCAUGCUUUUUUUUUU